UGCGGAAAGGGUUGGACAGAGACGUUAUCGGUAACGUACGUCUACCUUUCUUCACUCAUCACUGCGCAGUUGGGAUUCUUGUCUAUGGAAUUCACUCGCCUCUUCACUUCGAAAUUUCACCUAGGUUUAGGAUUCAUAUGACCAAAGAGGAGUUCUGUUUUGUGCACUGAAUUUGGACGGAAGGACUGCAUUAUUGGAUGAAUUUGCUGCUCAAGAUUACUGCAACUCACUACUAUAUGCCCGUCAAGACAAAGAUUCUGCAAUCAAAUACUGUCUUUAUGACUAAAUUGUCAUGCUUCCAGCCAUAUGUGUGAUGCAACCACAUUGCGUUAACUGCAGUACUUUUAAGUCAGUUAAAUUGUUGUCUCCCAGUUAUGGCAAAUAUAGGAACAGAGUUGCAAAGGAUUGUCAGAAAUUGGAUUUUCCACAUCGAGCAGUACGUGAGCAUCCCUUGAAAUGUGUGAGAAAGGUCUCUGAAGAAAGCCAUGCACUGAAAGCAUUGGCCACUCCAGACCUUUCUGUUGUUAAAACCUCAGAAAAUGUGGCAACUUAUCGAUUUUGGAUGGAGAUUGGUGGCCAAUUGAAAGUACUUAUCAUUAAGAAGAACAACAAAUAUGUAUUUCGGGUUGAAGUUGAGCCCUCCAAGAAUUUCAAAGAACAGGCGGAGCUAAUUAUGCUAUGGAGUAUAUUUAGGGGUGAUUCAACCAAUUUUUUGCCACUGGAUUUCCAACCACCAAGAGCUGAUAGCAAGUAUAAUACUGUAGAAACUCCUUUUGUGAAAGAUUCUGUUGGCAGGUUGUCCAUCGAGUUAGAUUUUGAGACAAGUUUAGCACCUUUCUAUGUCUCCAUGCUACUGAAGCCCAAUUCGGGUUCGACUAUCAGAAGCCACAGGAAAGAAAACUUCGUUGUGCCAGUAGGUUUUUUCUCUGGGCGUCCUUUCCCAUUGGGGCUUUCUUUUUCAGAUGAUGGGUACACAAAUUUUUCCUUAUUGUCACGGAGUGCGGAAAAUGUUGUUCUUUGUCUCUAUACAGAUAGAAAGGGAGAGAAACCUGCUUUGGAGCUCGAUCUGGAUCCCCAUGUCAAUAAGACAGGCGAUAUUUGGCAUGCUUCAUUAGAUUGUUCUACCUUCGCAAGCUAUGGUUAUCGGUGCAGGACUGAAUCUGAAAGUAAAAUGCGUCAUGUUUUGUUGGAUCCUUAUGCUAAGGUUCUUGAAGACUUCGGUUUGGGGUUACCUAGAAAAUGCCUUGGACAAUUGUGCAAGGAGCCUACAUUUGAUUGGAGUGGAGAAGAUCGUCCUACCAUUCCAAUGGAGAAACUGAUUGUCUAUCGAUUGAAUGUCGCACGUUUUACAAAAGAUAAGUCCAGCAAGUUACUCAGUGGUGUGGGUGGAAGUUUCUAUGGGGUUUCUGAGAAAUUGCAGCAUUUCAAAGAUCUUGGCGUCAAUGCCAUCUUAUUGGAGCCAGUUUUCCCUUUCGAUAAGCAAAAGGGACCCUAUUUCCCGUGGCAUUUCUUCUCUCCUGCUAACUCCUAUGGGCUUUCUGGAGACUCAAAAGCCAUUUCUAAUUCCAUGAAAGAGAUGGUGAAGAAGUCGCAUGCAAAUGGAAUAGAGGUUUUCUUGGAAGUAGUCUUCGCUCGUACUGCGGAGGAUGCAGCACUCAGAGAAAUCGAUAAUCCUUCUUAUUAUCAUGUCAAAGCUGGAGAGGAUUUUAAGUCUAGAAACAUGUUAAACUGUAACUAUCCGAUUGUCCAACAGAUUAUCUUAGAGAGUCUCCGCCAUUGGGUGGUUGAAUAUCACAUAGAUGGGUUCUGUUUCGUCGAUGCCUCUUUUCUCAUGAAAGGUUAUCAUGGAGAGCUUCUUUCUCGCCCUCCGUUGGUUGAAGCCAUUGCCUUUGAUCCAAUCCUUUCCAAAGUCAAGAUCAUAGCAGAUUCAUCAGACCCACACAAUAUGGAUGUGAAGGAAAUCAUGUUCCCUCACUGGAACAGAUGGGGGGAGAUGAACGAAAAAUUCUGUUUCGAUGUAAGAAACUUUUUGAGGGGCCAAGGCCCUAUAAGCAACCUUGCAACACGGCUUUGUGGAAGCGGAGAUAAAUUCUUGCAUGGCCGAGGACCUGCUUUCUCCUUAAAUUAUAUUACAAGAAACUCUGGACUUACUCUCGUCGACUUGGUCAGUUUCAGCAGCAGUAAUCUUGAAUCAGAACUAAGCUGGAAUUGUGGGGAAGAAGGCGCUACAAACAAAACCAUUGUUCUGGAGACGCGGCUUAAACAGAUUCGCAAUUUCCUCUUCAUCUUGUUCGUCUCUUUGGGCGUGCCUGUCCUCAACAUGGGAGAUGAGUGUGGCCAAUCCUGUGCAGGUUCUCCAGAUUACACCGAUCGGAAACCUUUGGACUGGAAUGCAUUGUCUUCAGGCUUCGGCAUUCAAGUCACACAAUUUAUUUCAUUUCUGAGUUCACUGAAAAUAAGACGAAGCGAUCUUCUCCAAAACCAAAACUUUCUCAAGGAAGAUAAUAUCGAAUGGCAAGGGCCUGACCAGUCCCCGCCAGGUUGGGAUGACCCGUCUUGCAAAUUUCUUGCGAUGAACUUAAAGGUUCAAACAGAAUCAAGCCAGCUGAUACCUGGUUCUCUGGAUGCUGGCGGUGACCUAUUUUUCGCCUUCAACAGCAGUGAUAAUCCGGAGAAAGUUAUUCUCCCACCUCUUGUUACAGGCACUUGGGUUCGUCUGGUGGAUACAGCACUUCCUUAUCCCGGUUUCUUCUCUGCAGACGGCGUUCCUUUGGAGGCUGGGCAAGCUACUUAUGACAUGCAGUCUCACAGUUGCAUACUAUUCGAAUCUCACAAUUUGUAGAAUAUCUCCGCUCUCAUCCUGGUACGCAUCCCCCGUUGCUAUAUAUAUAUAUAUAUAUUUAUAUGAACUCUGCUUAUAUAGAAAUGCUCCCAUUUUUCAAACAUUGAUUAAAUAAAAUGUGAGGACCUGCUUAUAUCACAAUUACAGGUUGUAUUCACCAAUUUGUGCUCCUUUUGAUAGCUUCAUAAUCAUGAUUAAGUUAGAUUUGAGCUCUAAGAUUAUAAGUAUGGGUAACAGAUAAGUAA